AGACUUAUGAUGGUCAGACAAAGUGGCCCACGUUCGGCCUGGGUGCGGUGUACGACUUAAACCAGCUCCCCGCGGCGCACGUUAGUCCCCCUCCACUCACGCACACCCAAGCGGUGGCCUCAUCCACCUAGAUCUCAAAAUCAGCCGCACACUCCUCCCCCAUCCCCACCCCACAUCCCUUUUAACCACCAUUCAUUCAAAUAUGCCACCAAACCCAACUUUCUCCUCCACCACACCACCACCCACCUUCUUCUCCUCCGAAAGUCAUCUCCUUUUCAUUUCCCCUUCCCUUCACACCUAUUUUUCUGAAUUGGGUCAGUUUCUUUUUUCUUCAUCGUCAUCUGAUAAGGUCGGUCGAGACCGUCUUCGUUGACCUGAGAGAUACCGGAUCUAAAACGAAAUCCAUGUCGAACGUAUCUUCGCCGUCGCCUCCUCUGGAUCGGUCGUCAAACCUAUCGCCUUCUCCACCUCCACCGCCAGCGCUAGCAUUACCAGCUCCCCUUCCAUCGUCUUCAACUCCGCCGGCUACCUCGACCGUUACGCCUAACCCACGGCGGCUUCCACCGCCUUGCUGGUCUCACGACGAGACCGUGGCCCUGAUCGAUGCUUACCGCGACAAGUGGUACGCGCUCCGUCGUGGAAAUCUGAAGGCGCCCCACUGGCAGGAAGUGGCGGAAGCUGUGGCGCGUCGAUGUCCCACUGCUUCUCCACCGAAGACCGCCGUGCAGUGUCGCCACAAGAUGGAGAAGCUCCGGAAACGGUACAGGACUGAAAUACAGCGGGCUAAAUCUAUGCCCGUUUCGAGAUUUGCUUCUUCUUGGGUCCACUUUAAGAGCAUGGAUGCCAUGGAGAAGGGCCCUAAAACGAAACCCGAUUACAAUUCGGAUAGCGCUGAUGAUGAUAACGAAGAGGAAGAGGAAGAUGAGCAAGAUCAAGAUUUUUAUGAUGAUGGAUACAAGAACGGGAGUAUCAAUACAAGAAGUGUACAGAAGUUGUAUCGAAACGGUAUUGGUAACAAUGGUGGUAAUGUCAGUGGCGGUAGCAGUGGUGGGUUCAGGAUUAGGAUACCCACUGGGGUGAGUAUAGCUCAGCCAGCUCCAAAAUAUUACGGCAAGAUAGAUCAGAAAUAUACUGUAAAUGCUAAUGCCACCCCUAUCCCUAGCAACUCUAAUCCUAAUCCUAGGGGUAAUUUUGGUGGGAGCGUGCCAGGGUCUGCCUAUGGGACAAGGGUUUUGAGAGGGUUUGAAGAAUCAGCGGGAAAAUCAGCUUCUUCUGGGAAGAGGGAGAGGGAGAGAGAUGCAGUGGCAGAGAUGGUGUCGGCCAUAAAGGUUUUGGGAGAUGGGUUUGUGAGGAUGGAGCAGAUGAAGAUGGAGAUGGCUAGGGAGAUCGAGACUAUGAGGAUGGAGAUGGAGAUGAAGAGGACCGAGAUGAUAUUGGAGUCCCAGCAGAGGAUUGUGGAGGCCUUUGCUAAAGCUGUGUCAGAUAGAAAAAAGAAGCCUAAAAGAAUGCCCUCACCAGAGUCUUGAGUUACAACUGCUGGAGUUAGAGCAUGAUAGGCCAAUGAGUUCCCAAUGUUCUAACUGGGAUGUGUAAGUUUACUGAUGCAAUAGCAAUAUUUAGGUUUUAGUUUACUUUAUAUGCUGGUUUUAGUUGUAGGAUACAGAGUUGUAGCCUUUUGUUUUCUUGGGAUUUGAUAUAAUAGCUUAAUUUCCAAAACUGUGCUAGUGGAUUGCUUUGUAAUGUUGUGAUUCUAUCUUUGGUGUAAGGCUUAGGAAAGUUGCUGUGCUGGUUUGUUGUUUCAUGAAUCAUGAUCUCUUUCCAAUGCUGUUUAUGUUUACGGCUUUAUACAAACAGUGGUGACUGGUGUAUGUUUAUUAUAAUAAUGAUUGGGUUUUUAA